AUGUAUCGGCAGCCUAUUUUGCCUCUUCUUAAUUUCCACCUAUCCUGGAUCUCCGAAAUCGAUGACAAACAUGUUACUCAGUGGACUUCCCAGGAGAGACUCAAGCUGUUAGAAAAAUUAGUCUACAUGUCUUCACAUGCAGAUCUACGCAAAGUAUCUCGUAUUAUCAAUGAGAUCGUACCGGAAUCUGCUGUUGAUUUUACUCGAGUACUGCCGCGCGUCCUCUCGUUGUACAUAUUUUCCUAUCUUGAUCCACGAAGCCUGUGCCGUGCUGCUCAAGCAAGUUUGAAAGUGUCGUGGUACUGGAAACUGCUUUCUGAGUCAAAUUCACUCUGGGCUUUAAAGUGCCAGCAACUCGGCUGGCAGCUUCCAAACCUGGGGAUAUAUCAGGAAAACGGCGUGUGUAAGCGCAUUUAUAUCGAGCACAUGCAAUAUUUACGAGUCAGUCAGUCCCACUUGAUGAAUCUAGAAUUGAAAGAAGUUAGAAAGAAUCUAGCACACGAGGAAAAAAAUGACAGGGAUAAGGAGGAAAAAUCGAGAAGGAAGCAAAGAUUGCCAAGCAGAGACAAUCAGGUGGCGUGGUCAUCUUCAAAUGGCCACCAAACUAGCCCAUCAAAAAUCGUCUUUGGAAAAAGGAGUUCAUCGACAAUCUCAAAGUCGUGUGAAGGACGAUCGAUUCCAAAGUCAUCAAAAGAGGUGGCUGGGCCAAGUUCUGUCACAUCGACGACAUCAAUGACGACAGGAAGUAAGAACAAAAGGUCUACCAUCGCAGCUGUGACAGAACGCCUGUCGGCUCCGCUAGAACGUAGAACCAAUUCGGCGGCAUACCAUCCACCAAUUUUGGAUAUUAUCCGCAGUGUUGAACGACUUUACCUGCGGAAAUCGACAGAGAACUACAAGACCACCACAGCCAUGAUUGUGGCCCCUCGCGGUCACAGAUUCGUGGCUCUAACACCAGAGGACGUCAGGGCACUUCCAUCACCUCCAGCCUAUCGCAUCGAAAGGUAUGAGGCGAAGGAGUUUGAGGUGCCGCGGAAUCCAUCAACUCGGCAGGCACAAAUCUUCCAGCUGAUCAAGGAUGUCCCAACGUAG